AUGGACAUUCAGGAAGUGUCAGGAUCACCUGAGAGCAUCCGUAAGUCACCAGAUCGCUAUAACUCUCUGUCUUACAGUCUCUCGAGCGGUCCUUUUGUAUCACGCAGCCAAUCGGUGGGUGUGUCCCGCAACGUGGGGAACUACCUGUUGUAUGAUCCGCUGCAGGAAAACGUACUCAGAGCUGCGAAUGCUCACAGCGGCGAGGAGUUGGUGUGCAAGGUGAUUCCUGUCUCUCGGUACCGGGAGGUUCUGUGUUCGUACUACUGCCUGCCCCCCCACCCCAACAUAAUUGAGAUGCGUGAUGUGGUUGUCGGGGACGCCCAUGCCUACUUGUUCUUCCCACGUUCCUACGGGAACCUAGGGGUGAUGCUCCAGGCCCGGCGGCUACCAGAGGACACAGCCAGAUACCUGUUCCGCCAGCUGGUGUCGGCUGUGGCACAUUGCCAUAACAAUGGACUAGUGCUCAGAGACCUCAAGCUGAACAAGUUUGUCUUCAAGAACAAGGAGAGGACCCUGUUGAUGCUGGAAAGCUUGGAUGAUGCAGUCAUAAUGCAGGAAGGAAACACCUCCCCCUAUUACAGUCCAGGACAUGGGGACAUCUCUGGCAGUUUGUGGGUCUGUGCUCCAGCUACAGAUGUCUGGUCUCUGGGAGUGAUGCUCCACACGUUGCUAUUGGGCUGUUACCCUGUUGGGGCUGGACUAACCCAAGAGGGGGCCUUACUAACCUCACAGGCUCGCUGUCUGAUACGCUCAGCCCUGCAUUCUAACCCCAACCUCCGCCUCUCUGCCUCCGAGCUUCUCACACACCCCUGGAUGUCCACACAUGCACAAGCAUACACACAGGCACAUACACCAGAUCAGACUGUACCUACCUGACAC